CCAUCUCCUGGGUGCUGUUCUCCUCCCGCCUGGGCUGCCUGGGGGACGCCGGCGAAGCCACCGCGGCCACCGAGGGUGUGAUCCGCUGCGUGGGGGCGGUGCUGGCCCUGACGCUGGUGACGAUGGCGCUGCCCCGUCCCCUCCUGCGCCUCUUCCCUGCGCCCUGGGACGCCUUCUGCCACGCCUGGGACCAGCUCUUCGCCUUUGCCAAGGGACACGUGGACCGGCGCGUGGCCGCGGUGGCCGCGCGGGGGCCGCUGGCCGAGGGGGACACGUGUGUCACCGACCUGCUGGCCCGGGAGCGCGUCCCCGCCAGCAGCAUCUACGGGAACGUCACCGAGCUGCUGCUGGCCGGGGUGGACACGGUGGCCAGCACGCUGGCCUGGAGCCUGUACGAGCUGGCACGGAACCCGGGGGCACAGGCGGCCCUGCACCGAGAGCUGGCGGGGGCCGUGGGGCGGCUGCCGCUGCUGCGCGCUGUGGUGAAGGAGACCCUCAGGCUGUACCCCGUCAUCCCGGCCAACGCCCGCGUUGUCUCCAACUCCGACAUCCGUGUCGGCGACUACCUGGUGCCACGCCAGACCCUCAUCACCCUGUGCCACUACGCCACGUCCCGCGACAGCCGCUUCUUCCCAGCGCCCGACGCCUUCCGCCCGGAGCGCUGGCUGCGCCACAGGGACAGCGGGGACACCGCUGGGGACACCGCUGGGGACACCCCUGGGGACACCCCUGGGCACCCCCCUGGCCCCAGGCACCCCUUUGCCUCUCUGCCCUUCGGCCUCGGCCCGCGCAGCUGCGUCGGGCGCCGCUUGGCUGAGCUGCAGCUGCACAUGGCGCUGGCACAG